ACUUCUCUAUGUACUAAUGUGUAAAAUCGCUGAAAAAUUCGUGAAAAUUGCAAAUAAAAUCUUUGUAAACAUUAUGUUUGAAUUUUAGCGCGCAAUUUGUGUUCAAAAAGCUUUCUCGCAAGAGGGCUCUGCAGUAGAGGAAAAAAAAGAAAAAUUAACCCAUUUUUCGGCGGAGCACGUGGAAAAUUUUCCUUUCUUGCGAAAAUCGCCAUCAAGUGCGGGUGCAGCCGGUGCAGUUGAGUGCAAAAAUGAAUGCGGAAAAGUUAAAGAAGCUCCAGAGUCAGGUGCGGAUUGGCGGGAAGGGAACACCGAGGAGGAAGAAAAAGGUAGUGCAUCAGAAUGCGGCGACGGAUGAUAAGAAGUUGCAGUCAUCGCUGAAAAAACUCGCCGUGAAUACAAUUCCGGGUAUUGAGGAGGUCAAUAUGAUCAAGAAUGAUGGGACCGUGAUCCAUUUCAACAAUCCCAAGGCACAGGCAUCCCUUGCAGCCAAUACCUUCAUUGAAACCGCUGAAGUGACUCAAUUGGCUCAAACAGCUACACCGGCAGUAGCCCCAGCAGCUUCCGCUGAGGCUGUCAAAUCUGAAAAAUCCCCCGAAGCUCCUCCGAGUGUUCCUGCACAACAACCGGAAAGUGCGCCCAAGGAAUCUGCUGCACCAGAAAAACCGCCACAGCCGACUCAGGAGCCGCCCAAAGAGCAACCAAAACCAGAGGAGAAGAAACCUACUCCUGAAGCACAAAAGCAGAGCUCACCAGAUACUCAGAAGGCUGCUGUUGUGGCACCAGAGGAGAUGAAAGCUCCUCCAGCAGCUAUGGUUGCUCAACAACCACCAGCUGCACAACCAGCACCGGCUGUAGUUCCGGAGACUCCAAAGACUCCUGAAGCUCCCAAACCCGUUUCAUAUGCUCAAGCAGCUGCUAAACCAGCUGACGUUGCGGCACAAGCUCCUCAGACACAGCAGGCUCCAGCUCCAGCUGCUCCGGUAGCCCAGAAGCCUGCUGAAGCUGCACCGUCUACCCCUGAUGCUCAGAAAAGUCCAGUUGCAGCUCCAGCAACUCCAAAGGACUCUACUCCAGUAAAGGAAAUUCAGAAACCCGUACAGGAGGUUCAGAAACCAACUCAAGAUGUCCCAAAAUCUGUUCCGGAUGAACAGAAAGCAGCUCAAAAGGCACAAAAGCCAGGCUCAGAUGCACAGAAACCAGCUCAAAAGGCUCAGAAAGGUAAACCUGAUGCACAAAAGUCAAUUCCGGAAGCUCAAAAAGCUGCGGUAGCUCAAAAGCCUGCUGAAGCACCAAAAACUACUGUAGAAUCUCCGAAACCUGCUCCGGAAACCCCCAAACCUAGUCAAGAAGCACCGAAACCUAGUCAGGAAGCUCUAAAACCAACUCAGGAAGCUCCGAAAGCAGCUGUGGAACCUCAGAAACCCACUCCGGAAACUCCGAAAUCUAGUCAGGAAGCUCCGAAAUCUGCUGAAGUUCCGAAAACGGCAACUGAAUCAAAGAAACCCUCUCCGGAACCCCAGAAAACUGCACCAGAAGCUCCGAAACUAGCUGCAGAAGCCCCGAAAACCGCUCCGGAAGCACAGAAACCAGCUGCAGAACCCCCAAAACUAGCACCAGCGGCUGUAGAACCUCCAAAACCUACUCCGGAAGCACAGAAACCUACUCCGGAAGCACAGAAACCUACUCCGGAAGCUCCGAAACCAGCUGCAGAGCAACAAAAUCAAGCUAAGGAAUCUCCAAAACCAACUAGCGAAUCUCCAAAGGAAGCAAUACAGCCGUCCAAUGAGGAAAAGAAGGAUACCACACCACCUAAUGCUGCAGUUGAGGUUGCUAAAGCUCCUGUAGCAACUCCACCCGCACAGCCCCCUGCAGCUGCUCCCCCAAGUGCCCCUGAAGCCGCCCCUGUGGCUGAAACCAAAGAAUCUCCUUCAGCUGAGGGUGCUGGUGCCAAACAGGGAGGAAAGCAGGCAAAGAAGGGUGGUGGUGGUGGUGCAAAGAAGGAAUCUCCACCACAAGGAGCUCCCGAAGCUAAGAAGCCAGAUGAGAAGAAGGAUGUAAAGAAGGACGCAGCCCCCAAAAAGGGGAAUGAACCAAAGAAAGCAACUCCGGGACCUUCUGCGGAGCCCCCCAAGAAGACUGAUGAGGGCCCGAAGAAGCAACCAGCAGAGGGAAAGAAGUCCGAGUCCCCAAAGAAGGAGGCAAAGCCAAAGGAUGCCCCAAAGAAGGCACCAAAGCCCUAGUCAGCGCAAAAUACUAAUUUUUGUGUUCCUGCUAACAAAAAGCGUUUUUUGGACUGUUAUAUCACUAACUUCGUAGGUGAUUUUAAUCGAUUUUAGUCAAUGAGAUUUCUCAGAAAAAUACUCAAAGAUUUCUUUUGAAAAAAACUAACCCAAAGCCUGAAUUUGCCAAUGUAUUAUCCUAUUUGUAAUCGAUUUAUUGAAAUACAAAAUAAAGUAAUCGAAUAAAAAACGUCUUAGAACUUUGGAAAAUAAAUAAAAAGAUUUUUUUCCCAAAAAAAA